AUGGAAGUGCAGUGUCCAUUUCAAAUUCCAUUGCAAAUAACUAAAUUCGAUGAUUUUGCUGAGUAUUUUUUUGAUAAGUUUGCCAAAUAUGGCAACCGCUUAGCAAUGGUGGACGUCGAAAGUGGGAAACAAUGGAGUUACACUGAAUUACGUGCUUGCACGGAAAACUGUGCCAAACGCCUGACAGAAAUAGGUGUUAGUCGCGGGACUCGUUGUGCUUUAGUUUGUUCUGUGUCAGCAAAAAUUAUAUUCAUACAUUUUGCCUGUUCAAUGCUGGAUGCAGUCGUUAUAUCCGUAAGCGCAAGCUUGUCAUCUGGUGAAAUAUGGGGACAACUGAAUAAAAGUAAAGCAACGUACUGCUUUGCAGAGCAACAUAAUAUGGCAAGACUGGAAAAAGUAAGACGUAUUAUAGGCAAUCGUAGUGGUGGACGUAUUCUGUCCAUCCGAUUACUGGAAGAAAUCUUCGAAGACAUGAAGUCGUCUUCGAAAUUUUUGAAAACACGUGAAAAUUUGGUGCCAUCUGAACCAUCACAAAUCGCUUCAAAAUUAAUGAAUAAAGAACCACAACACGCAGUGUCAUGUAUUGAUUUGGUCGUGAGCGAACAAAUUAAAAAAGACGAGACGACAGACUCCCAGUUGAGUUCCCAUAAGCGAAUCAUUAUAUUUUACUCAAUUACUUCAUCAGAACUUCCAAAACCAGUUGAAGUAUUACAUCGUUCAUUGCUUCAGAAUCUACAGCAAAUGAACUGCUCCAUCUUCGGACCACCCUGUGUUGAUGACAGAUGUCUUUUGGCGGCGAAUAUCCACCAUGUUUUUGGUCUUGUUAGUGCACUCUUAGCGUUGAGAAACGGUGCUCAACUGUUUGUAACUGCUAAACAACAACCACGCCAAAUUCUCAACGCAAUUAAGGAUUGUAAAGUUACGAUAGCAUAUGUUAUUCCAACAUUCGUCUAUUACUGUUCUAAAGAUUUCAAUCUAGAAAAGAGCAAUUUGAAACCAUUAAGAAGCGUUAUUACAAGUGGUGCCCAAAUUGGUGAGCAUACUAUGAAGUUAUGCAAAAAGCACUUAAAUUUGGAUGACCUCAGACAAGCGUAUUCAGUGUCUGAAGCAGGAAUUAUUUGCUCACUCGCACUCUAUGGUCAAAACCAAUUAAAAUCUGUUGGUGUACCUUUGCCAGGACUACGUUUUAAGAUCUUAAGUUGGGAACUAAAACAAAUUUGCGCACCAAGAGAGCUCGGUCAAAUUUUCAUUGAAGGACCACCAGUGAGAACACGAAUGCAUGAGAAUCUAAAAUGUGAUGCAGGUUAUUAUGAUGAAAAUGGGUACAUCUUUGUCGUAAAUAAGGUCAGAGAUGUCCUCAGAUUCAAAGAUAAGAUGAUCGUAUUUCAAGCAUACAACUUUCAGCUAUGGCCAUCGGAAAUGGAGAACAUCUUACAUGAGCACGCAGGGAUUGAUGACUGCGCCAUAAUUGGUCGACUAGAGCAUCCAACGAGAAUAAGAACACCUACUACAUUCAUCGUUAAGAAUUCUCUUUAUCAACAGCUUGCUCCAAAUGAAAUCCGAAAUUACCUUGCUAGUAGAAUGCCGUACUUUAAAGAAGUUGCUGGUGGCAUUUAUUUCGUUCCUGAGAUUCCACGCAGUGCUUGCGGUAAAAUUCUUCGCUCUCAACUCAAGCAAAUGCGGAACUAUGUGCAUCUGACAUACCGCAACUACACUAACAACCCAAAUAUUAUUAACCACAAACUUCUGGCAGCAAUAGAUCAGACCAAAGCAAGUGAGUCUACCUGCAAUGAAUUGACAGAGUUCACCAACGAAUCAGAAUUCGCUGAAAGCAAAGAUGAAGUAUUAAACACUCAAAAAGUAGUUUCGAUACCUAGAACUACAACAGGUUCAGUGAUUAGUGAUAAGAAAAAUGUGCAGUAA